AUGAAAGCAUCUUACUCAGGGAUUGAUAUACGUCUCAUGAUAUUAACAAUGUCAUCGUUUCCUCCCGUUUUUUUCCUCGUCCUAGUCUUCAUCCCUUGCAUAUUAUCAGCACCGGAGGCAAAUCUAACCGCAGACUAUUACGAAGAAACGUGUCCUGAUUUCAGUAAAAUUGUUCGUGAAGCCGUUUCGGCCAAGGAAGGCCCACCGGCGAGGAUAGCUGCUGGAAUACUACGUCUCUUUUUCCAUGAUUGUUUCUUAGAAGGAUGCGACGCGUCCGUACUAAUCUCUAAAAAUCCUUUACACGAAUCUGAACGCGACAAUGAGAUCAACCAUUCUCUUACGGAAGACGCGUUUGAAAUUGUGACUACCAUCAAAACAGCUCUUGAAAAGUCUUGUCCCGGUGUUGUGUCUUGCGCAGACAUCUUGGCUCAGUCCACGCAUGACGUUGUCACAAUGGUUGGUGGGCCUACCUACGAAGUAAAGUUAGGUCGUAAAGAUGGGCGUGAGUCGAAAGCUCAUAAAGUUGGAGCAAACUUACCAUUACCACACCACACGACCAACAACAUGGUGUCGUUAUUUGAAAGGAAGGGUUUUACUCUAAAGGAGAUGGUUGCGCUAAGCGGCGGUCACACUAUCGGGAUAGCUCACUGCAAAGACUUUAUCAGCAGGAUCAAUGGAACAGAGCCUGAUCCAGAUCUCGAUGCACAAUACGCUGAAGUUCUUAAAGGUGUAUGUAAGGAUUACACGGUGGAUGACACGAAGGCGUCGUUUCUCGAUCCGGUGACGCCAGGUAAAUUCGAUAAUAUGUAUUACAAGAACAUGGAAAAAGGGAUGGGACUGUUAGCUUCCGACUUCAUCUUGUUUAAGGAUAAUAGCACGAAACCGUUCGUGGAGUUGUAUGCGAAUAACGAGACAGCUUUUUUCGAGGAUUUCGCACGUGCCAUGGAGAAACUAGGCAUGGUCGGUGUCAAAGGCGACGAAGAUGGAGAGGUGAGACUCAGAUGUGAUAACCCAAACAACGCUGACGCAUAA